AUGGAGGGCCGAAAGAAGAAAUCACUUGUGACUGAGCUUUUCGGGGAGAAAGAUUCUCCGACAGCUGGUUCUUCGUCUUCUGGGAUUUUCGGCUCCAUUUUUGGGGCUCCUCCGAAUAAGGUUUAUGGUGGACGCGAAUAUCCAUAUGAAGCCGAGAAAAACACUGGAAAUCCAGCUUGGAAACAGAAAGAUGGCAAUGUUGUAGGCGGUGAAGGCCAAAGCAAGGUGGGCUCGACAAGCCGGGAUUUUAACUCAUACUUUCAGGAUGAAAAAGUGCAGCCGUUUUAUUAUAGCUCGUCAAUUUUCUAUGGCGGUCAAGAUGUUUAUAAUCCACCACCCGAAGCUGCCAAGACUCCCGUGUUUAGCACCUUUAACAAGGAUGGUGGAGAGGAUGACUCGGCUGGUGCUUCUCGAGGCAAUUGCGAUGUUUCGACCAUUUUCGUUAUCGCUAAUUUCCUCAUGGGAUUGUGUGUUCGGAUUCUGAUAUCGAUGCAAUUUUUCGGAAUCUCAGAAUAUUGGCAUUUGCUGUCUGGUUUAAAGUUGUGGUGUAGGUUGGAGGGACUUAUCCUGUUCAUCUGA